ACUACAUAGAGAAAGAGAGUCAGAAAGAAAUCUCCUCCUUUUCGGCGUUUUCCUUUCGAUAUUUUCCUUCUUCCAUUAUCCGCUUUCGACGUUUGCCUUUUCGGCAUUUCGCUUUUCUACAUUUUCCUCUUCGACAGUUUGCUCUUUUUUUUAUCGACAUUUUCCUUUUCGACGUUUUUCCUUUCGAUGUUUUCCACCAAGAUCGUCAAAAAGCUCUUGGGAAACGUAUUUUGCCGGUGAAAACAUGUCUCCAAGUCUCUUCUUUCGCAUGACGAAAAACACAGCUCUUUCGAUGCUUUGUAUUAAAACUUACUCAAAAAACAGCCAAGGUUCUUAUAUUUUGACAGAGAUAGUAGUCACAAUUUUCCUUUAAUCUUGCCACAUGUUAUAAUUAACAAUUUUUCCAUAGGUUUUCAUAACUAGUUUUUUCUUGUUUCCGUUCCAUUCGACUAAGAAGUUCACCGAUGACACAUUCCACAUGUUGUUGUUAGAAUAAGUGAGAGUGGAAAAUGAGUACGUUUAAACUGAUAGAAAUAUAAAACAAGACUUAAUUUUACAUCUAAAAGUGAUGUUCACUCUCCAGUUGUAAUAUCCGUUCUUCAUUUAGACGAUCAACCAUCCGGUGAUUUUGUUCUUCGUUUUUGUUCUCGAUUUUCUAUCGCUAAUUUAAAUGAUAUUAUUCAAAUUGAUGUUCAAACUGAGAAUGAACAACCAUCAAUAGAACUCUAUAGUUUCUAUUCAUCUGUUAUCGAAUAUAUUCAACUCUACAUAUUUAACAAUAAUUUGUUAUGUGAUGAAAAAGAAUAUGAUCGACUUUCAGACAUAUUAUGUCAAAUGAAGUUUAUCUGUGUCGAUCGUUUAACAAUUCAGUAUCGAUAUGAUACUACUUUACGUGGAAAUAAAGAAGAAGAUGUUUAUAUUCACAACAGUUUCUUUUAUAUAUUAAAAAAAUAUGAAAGUUCAGACUCCAGAUACAUCGAUGCUAUGGCAGAUUUUCUACUGUCUAAUGAAGACGCAAAUAAACAAUUAAUUUUAGCCAAAUAUAUUAGAAAAUUAUUACAGAUAUAUCAACGAUCAGGUGAACAAGGUUUGACGCACCUUCUAUUUGAUCAAUCAUUACCUGAAUCCAUAAGAAAAUGGGCGAUUUUGUCGCCUGUAGUCGAACAAAAGCAACCUGAGCUAAUUGUUGUUGAAGAAAAAGAAGAAGAAGAUGAUAAAAUAAAUGAGCCAGUGGCGAUUGAUCCUGAAUUAAUUAAAAAAUUAUUAAAUGAAGAGAGAGUAAAACCAAAGCCAAAGAAACCGAAAGAAGGUGAUGAGACGGAGAAGAAACUAACGAGUUUUCCACUAAGGAAAAAUCCAAACAGUGAACCUCAACCGCAAGCACAACCAAAAACAACUGCUGGUAUCGUUGCCAGUGACGAUAGUACAGAUCCGCCACGUUAUUUCAGCAAAACAUCUUCUGUUGAAAACACUGCAGGACCACGUCAUGAUAACAAUGAAAAACAAGAAAAACAACAAUCUCCUACACGUGAAAAAGAAGAAGACAACAGUGAAACAAUGAUUGUUGAUGAUAACAGGCAAAGAUCAACUCAGACUGAUAGCGAAGAACGAAGUAAGUGGCAAUUGUAUUUAGUUUAAAAUUUUCUUUGCGUCGAGCGAUAGAUAUGAGACAGUUACUUCACUACUAUAAAUCGAAUAGUAACUGCUUCAUUCAUUGCACUAGUGUUUUAAGAUUCGCAUUUUUCGAAAUAUAUAAUAUUUUUAAUCCUUUCCAAUGUCACGUAAACCGUGAUACAAAUUGUGAUUUUGUUUUUGGAAGAACAAUGUGUAUAGGAUUGCCAAAUGUCCCACAUUUCUAGUCUAUGUCUCCGACGAAAAUUUGGUAUCCUUUGUAAGGAUUUUCUUAAGCCGUUUAAUAGACUUUUCACGUUUCUUAUGCUUUCAUUUCAAUUUUCUCAAUGGCCUGGUAUGACAAAUAUGUGUUUUAUCUUGUCUCGAUGUAGGAAAAAAAUGGGGAGGGAAAUAGCGGUGUCAGUAUUUUGAUUAUAACUUUUUUCUUUUGGACCUGAUUGUUUUUCCAGAAGAUACACCCAUGGAUGGCGGAAGGGGCGGGCGACCGCCCGGGACGCUACAAAGCAAGGGGCGCCGGAGGCGCCUUGGUUUUCUAAUACUGAUCAGGCGCAUUUCAACAGGUACAGACAGAAGAGGUGGGGGCGCAAAAAUAAAUUUUCUCGCGGUAUCAUAAUUUUGCUCGCGCCGGCCCUGGAUACACGAUCAAAACCUCUACAAAUCUUGAUUAGACUGAUUUCUAGAGAAAGUUAAGGAGAAAAAUUAAACGAAGUAUACUCAACACGUGGAAACGGACCAAGCUAAAAAACCGUUUUGUCCAACUACUUCCAUUGAGAUGCGUGAUAUAAAAGAGGAUAACAUACGCAUUUUAUAACCCUUGAAAAGCUCUGUCAACUAGUAUUAGGCGAACAAAUGCUAAAUCAAUCUUUGAGACUUGCAUCGAUCUUCUUUUCUUCAAGACUUCCGAAAAUUCUGCUAUUUGAUUCUGUAGUUUCGAAGUUCCUGGAAAACGAAGCCAAAACAGCAUCUUUUGAGCUUGUUUUUUUCAAUUUUAAUGAGAAAUAACUCCUAUGCCAGAUUCAGCGGCGAAAAUUUGCCUUAAAGUUUCUUCUUAAAUUCAUAUGGCGAAAAAAGAGCAGAUUUUUGGUCAUUUUGAAAUAAAUUUUGGAAUGUUAGAUGUUUCAAUGUUUAUUUUGAUUCGAACGAACUCUGAACUGUAUGACGAGAAAGAGUACAUCUGAAAGUACUCAAAAACAUUUUCGCUUCUGCUUCGUUGUCUUUAGAGCUGUUUAAAAUACUCGAACGUUUGUAAAUCAAAAUAGCUUACGAGGGAACACCCCCAGGUGCCCCAUUUCGUUCAUUCAUACAUCAUUCGAUAGGGGACCUCGAGUAGGUAAAAAGCCUAAAAGGAUUUCGG